CAUAGUUCCCUUAAUUUACUUUCUUGAGAAACAAAACGAACUCAGAACCACAGAGCAAAUCUCAACUAUAAAACACAACAAAAUCUUCCUCCCAUUCUUUCUCUCAAGUUCUUUUUUUCAUCUUGGGAUCUGUUCUUAUCUUCUAUUUGCUCUCAAGAGCAAAACUCUUAGUCAGAAAACAUAAUAAUAAGAAGAUUUUGAGUACUUUUUUCUUGUUUAACAUGGAAGCUCCAUUGUCAACUUGGCCAUGGGACAACUUGGGAAGUUUCAAGUAUUUACUAUAUGGACCUUUGCUUGCAAAAUGGUUGUACUCAAGAUAUCAAGAAGACAAUAUCAAGGAAACAUGGUGUCUACAUAUUCUCAUUAUAUGUUUACUUAGAUGCAGUAUGCAUCAUACCUGGAAUACUUUCAGUGGCAUGUUGUUCUUAACUCGAAACAGACAAAUAAACAAGGAAGGUGUUGGUUUUAAGCAAAUUGACAAUGAGUGGGACUGGGAUAAUUUCAUAUUGCUUCAUGGUAUAAUGGGUUCACUAGUUUUCUACAUGCUUAAAGACCUAAUCAAUCUUCCUUUAUGGGACUUCAAAGGAUUAAUGGCUGUUGCAAUUCUCCAUAUAGCAAUUUCAGAACCCCUUUAUUAUUUCUUGCAUAAAAAAUUUCAUGGAAGCUAUCUAUUCAACCAUUAUCAUUCACUCCAUCACUCGUCACCUGUACUCCAACCCUUUACAGCUGGACAUGCUACACUUUUGGAGCACAUAAUAUUAGCUGCAGUGAUGGGAAUUCCAAUUUUAGGAACUUGUCUCUUGGGAUAUGGAUCAAUAACUAUGAUAUAUGGUUAUAUAUUGAUCUUUGAUUGCUUAAGAUGUUUGGGACAUAGCAAUUUUGAGAUUAUUCCUCAUCAACUAUUUCAAGCAUUUCCUACUCUUAAAUAUCUUCUCUACACCCCAACGUAUCACAGCCUACACCACACAGAAAUGGAGACCAAUUAUUGCCUCUUUAUGCCACUUUUUGAUGUUUUAGGGAAUACUCUAAAUCCAAAAUCAUGGGAAAUGCACACAAAAUUAAGUGUUGAAUCAGGCAAAAAUGGGAGGGUACCAGAUUUUGUAUUUUUGGCACAUGUAGUGGAUUUGACAUCUGCAAUGCACGUUCCAUUCCUAUUUAGAUCAUUUGGGUCAAAACCUUUCAGUACCAGGCUCUUCUUGCUUCCCUUAUUGCCCAUUACUUUUGUAGUUAUGUUGGUUAUGUGGGCAUAUUCCAAGGUCUUUUUGAACUCUUUCUACAACUUAAGGGGUCGAUUGCAUCAAACUUGGGUGGUUCCUCGCUUUGGUUUUCAGUAUUUCUUGCCAUUCGCAGCUGAAGGGAUUAAUAAUCAAAUAGAGCAAGCAAUCCUUAGAGCUGAUAGAUUGGGAGUCAAAGUUAUUAGCCUUGCUGCAUUGAACAAGAAUGAGGCACUAAAUGGAGGAGGGACAUUAUUUGUAAACAAACAUCCUAACCUUAAAGUAAGAGUUGUUCAUGGAAAUACCUUAACAGCAGCUGUUAUACUUAAAGAAAUUCCAGAGGAUGUAACUGAGGCUUUCUUAUCUGGAGCCACCUCUAAACUUGGAAGAGUUAUUGCUCUUUACCUUUGUAGAAGACAAGUUCGUGUACUUAUGCUAACAUCAUCAACCGAAAGAUUUCAAAAGAUCCAAAAGGAAGCUCCUGCUGAAUACCAGAAGUACUUAGUCCAGGUGACAAAGUAUGAAGCUGCCAGAAAUUGUAAGACAUGGAUAGUUGGAAAAUGGAUAACACCAAGAGAGCAGAGUUAUGCACCAAAAGGAACUCAUUUCCAUCAAUUUGUAGUUCCUCCAAUUUUGUCCUUUAGAAGAGAUUGUACAUAUGGUGAUCUUGCUGCUAUGAGAUUACCUGAAGAUGUUCAAGGACUUGGAUCUUGUGAGUACACAAUGGAAAGAGGGGUAGUCCAUGCAUGCCAUGCAGGAGGAGUGGUUCAUUCAUUAGAAGGAUGGACACACCAUGAAGUUGGAGCUAUUGAUGUAGACAGAAUUGACUUAGUUUGGGAAGCUGCUAUGAAACAUGGUCUAAAGCCAGUGUCAAGUCUCAAAAAGACAGAUUAAUUAAUUUAAUAUAACUUAAGUUCUCAAAUUAAUUAUUUCCAUUUGUGAACUCAUGAAAAGUCCCCAAUAUUUAAAAAAAAAAAGAUUCUUGGAAUUCUCUCUUAUAAUGACAAAGAGAGAGUGAAUGGGUUGGCUUAGAA